GUCGUGCUGCAAAGAAUAGUAUAUUCGUCAUGUUAUUGUUCAAUAUGUAUAUUUUUUAACUACCAAUAAUCAAAAGGCUCUGAAUUAAACACAAUCGCCGUUUUUUUAUUUUAUAGUCAAUUUCCUUUUAAUAAAAAUCUAAUUAUGCAUAAUAAUUUUAUGUACGUGUAUAUUAAAUAAUUUAUUAGUUGCUAAUUGUAUUUGUAAAUUAUAAAUGUAGUAAAACAAUCGAUCUUUUUACAACAUUAAAAAUUACAUAUUUAAUAAAUAUAUGAACAUUAUACAACUUAAAUAAUUCAGAAAACGUACUAAUUGUAUAAAAAGAUUUUGUAUUAUGACGUUACCGGAAACGAUAAGUAAAAAAGAAAUGAGUGUUUUGAUGUUUACGUUUAAAGUUCUUACCAUUUGUGGAUGUUGGCCGCCGAAUUCGUGGACCUCGCGGUGUAAACGUAUCCUGUAUGAUAUAUAUACAAUUCUCAUAGUUUUGCUAAUAAAUACAUUUACGUUAUCACAACUGUUGGAUUUAAUUUUGAUUGUGGACAAUGCCGACGACUUCGCUGAGAAUUUCUAUAUAACACUUGCCAUGUUUGUAUCAUGCUGCAAAAUGUUCAGUUUAUUGAGAAAUCGUAACAACAUUGCGAUGCUGAUUGAUAUUUUAAUGAAGAAACCAUGCAGACCUACUGAACAUGAUGAAAUAGAGAUUCGACAGAAGUUCGACAAACUUGUACAAACAAAUACGUUUUACUACGCUACAAUGGUCGAAUCGACAUGUGCAUUUGCAUUGGUAACAUCUGUGUUCAAAGACUACAGGAAACAUAGAUUAGCUUUCCGGGCGUGGCUACCCUUCAAUUAUUCUUCGCCGAUGCUAUUUCGAAUUGCUUACGCUCAUCAAGCGAUAAGCUUAACAGUUGGAUCAGUCCUUCACGUCGCAUGUGACAGCAUAAUUUGCGGAUUAUUAAUGCACAUUUGCUCUCAGCUGGAAAUAUUGGAAUGUCAUUUGAAAAAAGUCAUAAACAAGCCACACCUUCUUCGUGAAUGCGUCAUACAGCAUACAUACAUUUUCCAAUUUGCAUUAAUGGUGAAUGAAAAAUUUAGAUUUACAAUCACCGUCCAGUUUUUAGUUAGUAUGCUAGUAGUGUGCUUCAAUCUGCAUCAACUGACGCAGACGAAUGUGUUAAGUGCGAAAUAUAUUCAGAUAGUAUUAUAUAUGUUUUGCAUGCUCACACAAAUCUCUUUUUAUUGCUGGUAUGGAAAUGAAGUUAAGUUGAAGAGUCAGCAACUAGUCAGUAAUGUAUUCGGAAUGGAAUGGUUUACGUUGGAUUAUCACGUGCAAAAGAAUUUGUUAAUAAUUAUGACACGUUGUAUAAUACCUAUCGAGUUCACCAGUGCCUACGUUAUCUCUAUGAAUCUUGAAUCAUUUGUCAGUUUACUCAAGACGUCGUAUACUGUUUACAAUGUACUUCAACAAAUGCGAUGAUAAAGUAAUAAAUAUAUGAAUGUAGAAGAAAAUUCAUAUUUAUAUUUUGUAUUUAUAUGAACGUUAAUCUCUUUGUAUAAAACAAGUGUAUGUAUUAAAAUAAAAUAUUGAGUUGGAUUGUCAUAAUCAAUAA